AUGGCCGACGACGCCUCGUAUGGGUCCAGGACGGACCUGGUCCGAAGGCGGCGUGGCGGAGCAGGUAGUGAUGGUGGUUCAGUCAGAUCAGGAGCUGGCAUGUACCAGCCUGGUCGACCCAUGGGAUACCUUUACGCUCGCGGUACACCGUACGAGCACAAGUACCUGAGCAAGAAGCUUGGCUUCUGCUGUCUCUUCCUCGCCCCUCCGAUCAUCAUCAUCACCCUCGUGAUUACCUUGGUCCCUGUACUGUGGGCCAUCGGCAACCAUGCUCUCCACACAUCGCAGCUUCACGUCUACGCUGCCAAUCUCACCGACAUUGGCAACUCAUCCUUCCCCUUGUCGAUCGAGGGUCAGGUCAAGAAGACGGGUAUCUUCCCUGCUCACCUUUACUUCCGAGAGCCUGUCGAGGUGUACUGGAACACACCGCCACCAAAUAUGCGCGAGCUGCACUUGGGUUCCAUGACGCUCGACUACAUCGGUGUCGCGGCAGGUCACGGUCGCGUCAAGCAGGCCACGACGUUCCUGAUCCGCGAUGAGGAGGGAUUCGGCGAGUUUGCCAGGUUCCUCGUCUCUGAGCCCGAGUUCACUUGGCAAUUGCGCUGUGGCAACGUCCACGUCGAGGCCUUCAGCUUUUUGCCUACAUACAAGAACCUCGUCUUCACCAAGGACGUCGUCUUCCAGGGUAUCAACGGCUUCUCUGAUGUCAAGGUUCUCGACUUCCAGCUGCCCGGUGACGACCCGCGAGGGGGUAUCACGACGCAGGUACUCACGCAGCUGCGAAAUCCGUCACCGUUUGGUAUCCAGCUGGGCACGUUGAACCUCGGCCUGUACUACAGGGACAUGUUCCUCGGCGAAGUGCAGGCCAACAAUGUCAACAUCACGCAGGGACUGAACAGUAUCCUGAUCGCUGGCCAGCUCGUGCCCCACCAGGACAACUCGACGGAGCUUGACUUGCUUGGAGAGCUAUUCACGGGCUACAUCAACGGCGAGGCAGUCCCCGUCGAGGCGCGCGGUAUCUCGACGAGGCUGGCCAAUGGUCAGACGGUGGGAUGGCUCAGCACGGGUAUCCAGGCCCUUGUGGUCAACGUCCCGCUGCAGACGCCCAUCCCCAUCGACCCUAUCAAGGGCAUCACCAUCGACUACCUUUCGCUCAUCUACUCGGAGCAGAACCCGUACAACCCUACGACGUUCUCGCAGGCUUUGCGCGGAAGCAUUGGUCUGCCCUUUGGCUUCUCGCUUGACAUUGUCUCGCUGUCCAACUCGAUCAGCAUCAUCUACCAGGGCGCCCAUGUCGGUGACAUCAAUGCCGGCUACUCCAAUUCCACGACGCACCUCGACAUCAUCAGCGCUGGUGAGACGACGGGUGUCAUUGACAUCACGCUUCCCCCUUCGCUGCUUGUCCUGCCCAACAACACGCAGGCAGCGCGUCAGGAACUCAUUGCUUUCCAGAACGCCUUCACGUACAUGGAGGCCGCUGACUUCAGGCUGAUGGGCUCAGCCAAGGCGCUCACAGACACGCCGCUUGGUCGUGUGCUGCUCAACGGCAUCAAGUUCGGUGUAGGCUCUGGUCUGCGUGGUCUUGCUGGCCUGCGAAAGUACCCCACCGUCAUCAACUCGGUGGAUGUCGUGGGUGGUGCUCCCGACGCCAUCUCGCUCGUCGUUGGCACUACCGUUGUCAACCCGUCGAAUUUGAACUUGUCCGUCGGCGACUCCAUCUUCCAGCUGCAGAACGAGGUAGUGCUGGGCAAUGUCACGCUGCCCAACCUCAACCUCGCCAUUGGCCGAGUCGACGUAAACGCCACGUCCUUCUUCGACCCCAACCGUGCUCCUCAGGGUCUCGAGACGCUCAACCGCUUCAUCUCGGGUCAAGACACUCAGCUCAACAUCUCUGGCUUUGCUGAUUCAAGCGCCAUCGAGUCGCUGGCGGUCACGCUCAGUGGUAUUCGUCUCAACUCGACGUUGCCCGGUCUGUCGACGAAGCUCGUCAAUGCUGCCAAUCUCACCGUGCUGGACACGACGGGAAUUACCGACUCUGUCGCCAAUUCCGUCGUUGGUCUGGCAAACCCCUUCACGGCUGGCCUGACGAUCAACCGCAUCGUCGCCAAUGCCUCGUCCAAGGGCAUCUUCAUCGCCAACAUCGAUCACCGUCUCGAGUUCCUCGCAAACGGCAAGGCUUUGACCAACUCUCCUACGAUCCCGCUCAGCCUCAACCUGUACCCGCCUGACAUCUUUGGUCUUCUGCGUGGCCUGGUCGUGCAGUCGGGCCAAGACCCCAGGUACCUCGACGGCGUUGUCGCGUUGGGCGGCUACACGUACACGCCGACGACGGCUGCGAACGGCAACACGCCUUCGCGCCGAGGUCUGCCUGGUGGAUCGGACGAGGAGUCGUUUGUGCUGGAGGAGGACGACGAGUUGUCGCAGAUGCUCUUUGGCGUUGGCUCCAACCCUGGCGCCCUUGCUGAGGCACCGCACUCUCGCAGCGAUGGCAGCGAGGAGGACGAUGGCUUCGAGUUUGCCAAGCGCGCCGCGCCGUACGAGGACCACGAGCAACUGGCCAAGCGCAUCGAGCACAUGGAGCUGACGAAGCGUGACAACCUGUACACGGGCUUCAAUCUGCCGAGCUACGUCGAUCGGGCGUUCGGAGUGGCCACGCUCAACCUCGAAAUCGUCUCUGACGCCAGGAUUGGAGAGUACGACACGACGUUGACGUUCUCACAGACCGAGGUUCCCCUUGGCACGGACGAAUCGCUCAACAAGCUGCUACCCGUUUUGGCCUCGCCCAUCGUGCAGAAGAUUGUCGACAAUGCCGUCCUCAACAUCGAUCGCGUCACGAUUCUCAACCCGCAGCCAGAGAGCUUCCAGGUCGCGCUCCAGGGCACCAUUACCAACUCUGGUCCCUUUGACGCCACGAUCUCCUUCCCUCAGGGUCUGAGCAUCUUCUGGCAGGGCCAGCUCCUCGUCCAGACAUCCUUCCCGGACGUCCAGCUCAAGGGCGACACGGGUGCUUCUCUCAACGUCAUGGUCGAGGCUCGCGUGCCCAGUGUGCCCUACCUCACCGACUUCACCAAGUUCCUUCUCACGCAACCUUCCUUCGUAUGGUCGAUUCGCGGCGAGGGUCUGUCGGUGGCGGCGCUCGGCAUCACGGUGCCCAACAUCGCCAUCUCCAAGGACGUUCAGCUCACGGGUUUCAACGGCUUGCGAGGCAUGGUCAUCAUCAACUCGUUCGACCUGCCAUCAAACGACGAGGCCGGCGGUAUUCAUCUCACUGCUCAAUCGACGAUCAACAGCCCUGCCCAAGUCGGUGUUCAGCUCUCAACAUUCGGCACUUCGAUCACCCGCAACGACACUCAAAUUGGCCCUGCCGCGGCGCAGAAUGAGUUUACGCUGCAGGCCUUGGCUGUUACGCAGCUUCCUCUCGUCGGUCGCUUGAUUCCUCAGAACGACGAUACCGGCCUUGCCGUCCUCUCUGAGGUCUUUACGCGCUUUGUGCACAACACCCCUAGCAACAUUGUGGUGCAUGGUGAAAAUGCUGGCCCCUCGAAUGUCGCCUGGCUCAAUGACGGUAUCAAGGUCCUCGCCGUCGACGUCUCGCUGCCCGCGCAGGCAUUUGACGUCAUUCGAGUCGUCUCGAUCAACCAGCUGUCGCUCUUCUUCACGGUGCAGUCGUCUUGGGCACCUCCGACGUCGUCGCAGAACACGACGGCCAACUUCUACCUGCCCUUUGCUUUCCCCGUCGAUAUUCAGAACACGGGUGGCCCCUUCAUUGCCAACUACAAUGGACAGGAUGCCGCCGUACUCAACAUUCCGCUGGCUUCGCAAGCUACCACGAAUGUCGAGGCGCGCAUUUUGACCCUCGUCUUCAACGACGUGCCCUUCGAAGUCUACGACAACUCGCACCCGACGUUCUCGCAAUUCCUGGCUGACACGACGGCGAGGGACCAAGUCACUUUCAAUCUGCAUGGUGCGGCGACUGCCAAGGCCGGCACAGCUGCUGGUGUCGUCACCAUCUCAGACAUUCCAUUCAAUCUGCCGACGAACAUCUUGGGUCUGCAGAACCUCAAUGCUCGCCCCGCCGUCGUCUCGAACCUCGACGUCGUGCAUGGAUACCCGACGUACCUGCUGAUCACAGUCAACACUGCACUGUACAACCCGUCGGACAUUACCAUUGGUGCCGGCGACGUGCGCUUCGCCGUCUUGUUCCAGGACCGACCCAUCGGUAUGGCAUUGAUCAAGAACAUCGUCUUGGUACCUGGAACCAACAUUGUGCCCACGCAGAUCAACUACAGCCCUCAGGGUGCCGAGAACGUGCGCGCCGGUCAGACGCUGCUGGAGAACUACGUUCAGAACAUCACGUCGCCCACGAUUGUCGCUGGUACGCAGCAGACGACGCCCAUCGAGUCGCUCGUCCAAGCCCUGUCCGGCAUCAGGCUCACGGCCGAGAUCCCGCCCUUGAUGAAGCUCAUCGUCAUCGAGGCCCGUCUCGUUGUGCCCAAGGAUAUUGCGCAGACUGGCGUUGCUCAGGCCUCCGUCAUGAUCGCCAACCCCUUCACCGCUGGCAUCAACAUCUUGAGGCUGCACGCGCUCGCCAACUACUUUGGUCCCUCCGACUAUGGCUUGAUCACGCUGGGUACGAUCGAUCAAGACUUCACCAGCAACCCGCUGUCGAACCCUGGUCACCAGGUCACGACAUCGAGGCAGAUUCCCAUCAACCUCAACAUCGACCCGAAGAACUUGAUUCGCUUCAUCUUUACCGCAGCCAAGAACACGGGCACGAGCCUGGGCCCCUUCCCUCCGUUCCUUCAGAGGGUUCUCGACUUGCCCGACACGAGGACGACGAUCUCGCCGUACCCUUACGACACCCCGCCUCCGUGCAACUCUGGCAGGCAGUUCGACAUCUUGGGUGCCAUCUUGAACUUGCUCAAGGGACUGCAGACGUCGAUUCCCAUCGAGUCGACGCUAAAGCUUGACGAUUAUCAGACUGACCUCAACUUCAUUCAGCAGCCCGUCCCCACCGACACGGACAACACAGCGCUCUACCUUGUUGGUCCUGCUGCUGCCCCGCUCAUUCAGAUCAUCGUCAACGAGGCUACGCUCUUCUUCACUCAAGCCAAUGCGACCAACCUCGUCAACACGGGCUUCGACGUAUCGCUCAAGGGUUCGCUGCUCACCGAUGCGCCGGCUGAUGCGUACAUUGAGUUCCCUGACGGAAUCUUGGUCGACUGGAUGGGCUCGCAGAUCGCUAUGAUUGAGCUGCCGCCCAUCUGCUCGGCUGCUGGAUCAGGUACGCCUGACCUCAACACGCAGGGCCACCUAACGAUCACCAACCAGGACCGAUUCAUCGACUUUGCCGAGUACAUUCUCAAGAACCCCAGCUUCACGUGGGAUAUUCACAGCCCCUCCGUCAAGGUCAGCGCCGUCGGUAUCGCGUUUAGCAACACCAUCCUGCAAAAGUCGAUUUCUCUCGACGUCUUCAAUGGUCUGCCGGGCAUCGUCAUCACGUCGUUCGACAUCCCUGGUGAGACGUCCAACGCGCUCAUCAUCAAGGCCGACGCCAAUAUCCCUUCGCCCUCGGCAUUGGGAGUGCAGCUUGACACGGUCAACUUCGAGAUCUUCUUCAUGGGCGUAGACGUCGGGCCAAUUCAAGCGACGGGUCUCUUCCUCGCUCCCAAGCCUGCCAGCGGGCAACCUGGUGUUGCCAAUACGCUCGCUCACACGACUGGUCAGAUCCAGGACCAGACAGGCAACACGGCCAACCUCAACGUGCUCGGUAUCCUCUUCUCGCAAUUCUUGGCCGGCAACAACCAGACGCUACAGCUCCGCGGUGUCUCCGUCGUCACAGAAGCAAACGGCAACCAGCCCGUCUCAUGGCUCACCGCAGCGUUCAAGCGCUUCCAGACCAACGCCGUUCUCCCUGGCCAGAUCUAUCAGAUCAUCUUUGCCAUUACGCUGUCCGACUUGACGGCCAAGAUCUUUGGCCCGGACCCGUACGUCAUCAAGGGAUCGAACAACCAGACGGUUGCCAUCUUCGCCAACCCCUUCCGCUUCUCGCUCACGCCCAUCAGGGCUGGUCCCAUGAUCACGCUCACGUACCAAGGCGUCGACACGGCUCAGAUCAAUCUCCCCUCAGCUCCUGUCCAGGCAGGCACGUCGAGGGGACCAGACGACAGGGAGCAGCUCUUGCUCAACUUCAAGGACCAAGACGUCGCCGCCAUCGAUCGCCCUUCGUUCCAGGCCUUCUUUGCCAAGCUCACUGACACGGACCGAGCUGACUUCGGUCUCAAGGGUACAACGUCUGUCCUUGCUCGCACGGUCAUUGGAGAUAUUCCGCUGCAGAACCCUGGAAUUCCCUUCAACGUCACCACCUCGCUCGCUGGUAUCAAUUCGUUCAAUCACGUCUUCACGACUUCAGACCUCGUCGUACAAGGAGGCACGCCGCAGUACAUUCUCAUUCCGCUCAAGGCUACCCUGGAAAACCCGAGCCAGCUCACCGUCUUUACGGACCAGGUCAGUCUGCCCAUCGUCUACAGGAACGUCUACGUGGGUCGUGCCAUCAUUCCGCAGUUGGGCCUCAUUCCCGGGACCAAUGUUAUCACGACGAACUUCCAGUACAUGCCCGACAACCCUGGGAACGAAGUCGCGCAGAAUCUGCUCCGUUCGUACCUGCAGCCUGUCGAGCAGACCGAGUCGACGCCGCAGCUCAAGAUUCCCAUCGAGAUUCUGGGCACUGGUGGUGGCUCGCAGCCAUUGACGCCAUACGACUCGCUCGUUCCAGCACUCCGAGGCGUCCAGGCGGACGGCACCAUCGAUGGCAUUGGCUCUCGCGUUGUCACGAUGAUCGACGUCUUCCUCUCGCUGCCCACGCUGUUGGGAGCCCUCAACCUUGCGGCCAACCCCACCGUCAGCGCCAAGCUCUACACUCAGGACCAGCUGCCCGCUGCAAUCACCUUCAACACGCUCAAUUCGGUCAUUCGCAGCGCAGAUGAGCCCUUCAACUCGGACCCGUACGCCGUUCUCAACAAUACUUUCGACCCAGGCUUUACCACGCCCGGCGGUACGAUCAACAACCCGGGCACAGCCAUCAGUCCGACGAUCGAAAACAUUCGCCUCGUCAAGGGCAACGGUCUCGUCGGUCUUCUGGCUUCGGUACCUCUCAUUGGUCACAACCUGAACGUCUUCAAUCAGCUUUCGGUCAACAUCGGCUCGGAUGGCGGCGGGUACAACGCCCCCUCAUUCCUCUACGAUGAGAUCAAUGUGAAGACCCGCUAUUUCAUCUGUGCCGAUGAAGCGGCCACGGUCUGUGUACCCCUCGACAUCGGUGCACUUGGCAAGGGCCUGGGCGACCUGCUGGGUCUCAUCCAGGGUAUUCUCAAGCUUGGCGGCGACUUUGCUAGCGCGCUUCUCGGCGCUCUCGGCAACAUCCCCGUCUUGGGAGGGCUUUUGGGCGCAGCUGGCGAUCAACUUGGCGGCAUUCUCGGCCUGCUCAUGGGCGCCAACAACGGUGCAGCCGCUCCUGCCGUCGCACAGGCCCUCGCUGCCAAUGGCACUAAUCUUCUCACGCAGGGUCUCGGCGCCGCCGCAGCGAAUGGGGCCGGCACGCUCACCACGCUCGUGAAGGGCGCCAUCACGGCUGGAGAUGCGGGCGGCACGCUUCCCGCUUUCGCCAGGACCAUGAACUCCAACCAGCUUACGACGGUCCUCGAGCAGGGUCUCAACGAAGCUCAAACGUCGGCUUUGGCGAAUGCUCUCAAGGCUGUGGGCUCCGGUCUCGUAGGCCUCAUCGGCGGCCUGGUCAGCAAUCCUGUAGCAAAGGCACUCAUCUGUGACAUUGGCGAGCCACUCGGUCUCGGCCUGCUCGUCAGCGCAGGAUGCACCACAUCGGCGGCGCCCUCUACCACGGCCGCGACGUCAACUCCUGCUGCUCAGUCUCUCGCAGGAGAUGCGACGUCAGCUGCGGGUGGUGUGGCAACUACUGUGCAGAGCGCAGUGAACAGCGCUGCCGCACCAGUUUCCAGCGCUGCAGCGCCAGUGGCUUCGGCUGGCAGGUCAGCUGUGAGCAAUGUACUCGGCGGAGUGACAUCGGUUCUUCGCAGAGAACACGACCUUUAA